AUGUCUGCUCCUUCGCUCGCACCUUACAUCUUGAAACGGCCAUGGCUGAAGAGGUGGAUAGUCCCCUUCGCCAACUGGUAUGCCGAUGCGGCCGGCUACAGAAGACUGGGUCUGAGAGCCGACGACUUGAUCCCCGAAGAAAAUGAUACCGUGCAGCUUGCGCUGAAGAGAUUGUCCCCCAAAGAAUCAUACGACCGAGUCUUUCGCCUGAGAAGAGCUUUCCAAUGCUCCUUGGCCCAUCAACUAUUACCUGCUGCCGAACAGACAAAACCGGAGGAGGAUGUCAAAUACUUGAGCCCAAUCAUCGAGGAAAUCGAAGCGGAGCUGAAGGAGCGCGCCGAUUUGGAGUCCAUUAUUGUUCAGAGGAAGAAGUAG